AUGACAAUUUUGUGGAUAAAAUGCCGUGUCUUUCAACAUUAUCAGACCAAAGAAACAACAGAGAAAGUCUUCCGGUUCAGUUGGAAAUAUUCCCCAGAGCAAAGUUUGUACGAUUUCGCCAAAUUAGUCAAAGGUCAAUGCUCGGAUGAAGAUUGUUUGGGAUGGAAGAGUAUAAACAUCACGUGGAUAGACGAAGAGGGUGAUGCAAUAACGCUACAGACAGCUGAGCAGCUGAGCCAUCUAGUCUCGGAAUUUAUAAUUUUAUUUCGAACGCUCAAGAUUAUUUUCUAA